CUGAAAAUAAAUAGAAGUUUUAUUGACACACUGUAUCUAAACAAACAGAAAUGUUUAUUUUUAGCACAGUUUUCAUUUCAAAGAUAUGAAUUGAUCAAGUAAAUGUUACAUUGCUUUUUUCCCCAAACUGAGGCUUUAAUUGGGUUUUGGUACUGCUUUGUAAUAAUGUAACAAAAUCUGCAAAAUGCAAUAAUUGCCUACUUCUUUCGAAUGCUAUGAAAUCUCUGAAGAGGAAUGAAGCUUAAAAUACUAAUGCAUGUAUACCAGGAACCUUGUGAUGUGGAAAUUCAUAUUGGUGGUUUUGAUACCAAUUUUGACAUCUGUUAUUUCUCGAGAUGACAAGAAUAAUAGUGACUUGUCACUAUGGAUAGAUGAGAAACAAGUCAAAAUUUUCAGUGGAUCACCUAUGAAGAUAUUUGCCAUAUCUAAUGGAAAUGUUUUACCCUAUAUACUGGACCCAAAUUUUGAAAAGUAUCUUCCAGUGAUCCCGUCCGAAGUCAGUUAUGUGAAUUUCACGUGGAAAUCUGAGGGCAAAAGAUAUUAUUAUAAUUUUGAUAGAUUACAGUCAUUCGAUGAAAGUAUACUUGAAGCCCCCGUUAUUUCCAUCAAAACGAAAGGACGAGUACCUAGGCAACGCAAAGAAUUUAGCAUUUUUUUACCUUGUCUUGGUAAUAGCUCCGGUAUAGCAAAAUUUGGAAUAGGACUGCUUAUUGAAAAUAGAAAAGGAAAACCACUUUACGGAACCCCAUUAAGGCUGAAGCUGAAGAAAGAAUGUGCACAGAGGAAAGGCCCAGAUCCAGAGUGUGAUAAAAAAUGUGCAAAUCAAGGUUGGUGCAAUCAUGAAAAAAUUUGUCAGUGUCCUGAAGGUUACAUGGGACAGUAUUGCCGAACAGCUUUAUGCUAUCCACGAUGCAUGAACGGUGGUAAUUGUACAUCUCCUGGAAUAUGUAGCUGUCCUCCAGGAUUUCAAGGCGGCCAUUGUGUAGGAGGAAUAUGUAGCCAAAAAUGCCUGAACGGAGGUAAAUGUAUCCAGAAAGACACUUGCGAGUGUUCAAAGGGUUACUAUGGUCCGAGAUGUGAAUAUUCGAGAUGCAUCAUUCCUUGCUUGAACGGUGGAAAAUGUAAAGCGGUGAACAAAUGCCGUUGUCCGAGAGGUUUCAGAGGAGAUCACUGCGAAAUUGGAAGAGCAAAACCACACAGAAGCAACUGCCAUCUACCUUGUAAACAUGGUACUUGUGUUGGCAAUGCCUGUUCUUGUGAUCAAGGAUGGUAUGGAAGACUGUGUCAUCACAGAAUUAUGUAGAGAGCUUACAAGAGCCUGGCUAUUUGUACUUAUGUAACAUGUUCUGUGAAUAUAUUCUUGUGCCUUUUUUUCUCCGCAAUAGAGAAAUUUGUGAUCUUUUUGAAAAAAUAUAUUGUGGAUAAUAUUAUUUUGUACUAGAUCUGGUAAAUACUGAUAUGAAGUUGGGUAACAGGGCCCAUUUAUAUUUCAGUUUAUGUUUUGUUAAAAUUAUCAACAGCAGUGAAAGUCCAAAGCAUUUAUUGUUAGUAUUUUGUGCCAAAAUAUUUUGUAUAAAUUUAAGAAAU